AGAGAGCGAGAGAAAGAGAGAGAGUAAUAGUGACUGUGGGAUGGAAAACAGCAGUUGAAUGAGUCAACAUACUUAAUCCCGAAUGGGACUGUUUUAUACUCCUCCAACACCGGUGUUCUCUGACAGUCCUGUCGUCUGCCGCUCGGUUCAAAAUUUCUAACUAACAUAAAUAAACCCCAUCGUGUGAAAACGCUUUGUGCCAAGUGCACACUCCACUGAGAGCGCGAGGAGAUAUCAUCUGUCUGUAUCUGCCAGUACAUCCUAUCUUAAAGAUCGAGAUUUUUCAACCUGAAGCUUCACAAACCGUUUCAUCGAGAAGAAUGUCCAGUGGUGGUGAACAGCAUGUCCAAAACGCCUUCAAGUUCACUGGAAAAACAACAGGACACACUCGAGAACCCCGCGCUUCAGUGUCACAGGAGAAGAUUUGGCAGAAAAGGAAGGUUCAAAGGUUCCGAUGGAAGUACUAGCUCAGACACUACAAACAACAGCAUUGUACGCCAGGGUUCGGCAGACUCGUACACCAGUCGACCGUCUGACUCGGAUGUGUCUCUAGAGGAGGACAAAGAGGCACUGCGCAGAGAGGCUGAGAGGCAGGCCCAGCUCCAGCUCGAAAAGGCCAAGACAAAACCAGUAGCGUUUGCCGUUCGUACAAAUGUUAGCUACAGUGCUUCCCUCGACGAUGACGUCCCCGUGCCUGGCAUGGCCAUUUCAUUUGAAGCUAAAGAUUUCCUACAUGUAAAAGAGAAGUUCAAUAAUGACUGGUGGAUUGGCCGCUUGGUGAAGGAAGGAUGUGAGAUCGGUUUCAUCCCCAGUCCAGUGAAGUUAGAAAACCUUCGCAUCCGCCAGGAGCAACGAGCCAAACAGAGCAAAUUCUCCAGCAAAUUGGGGGCUAACUCCUUGUCCAGUUUAGGGGACAUUGUCCCAAGCUCUCGAAAGUCUACUCCUCCCUCCUCAGCCAUUGACAUAGAUGCUGUGGGUUUAGAGUCGGAGGAGCCUGAACCUCCUCCUCCUCCCCAGCAGCGUUCUCCUAAAGCCAGCCCAAACCAAGUCAUAUCCACUUUAACCCGUGAGAAACGAAUGCCCUUCUUUAAGAAGACUGAGCACAUCCCCCCAUAUGACGUGGUGCCCUCCAUGAGGCCUGUGGUCCUGGUGGGACCCUCACUCAAGGGUUAUGAGGUGACAGACAUGAUGCAGAAAGCAUUAUUUGACUUUCUGAAGCACAGAUUUGAGGGAAGGAUAUCAAUCACUCGGGUAACAGCAGACAUUUCUCUAGCCAAGCGAUCUGUCUUGAAUAACCCCAGUAAACACGCCAUCAUCGAACGCUCCAACACGCGCUCCAAUCUUGCUGAGGUACAGAGUGAGAUUGAGAGGAUCUUUGAGCUGGCACGCACAUUGCAGUUGGUGGUUCUGGAUGCUGACACGAUAAACCAUCCAUCUCAGCUGGGCAAGACUUCGCUCGCGCCAAUCAUCGUCUACGUCAAGAUCGCCUCUCCAAAGGUGUUACAGAGAUUAAUAAAAUCUAGAGGAAAGUCUCAGGCGAAACACCUCAACGUGCAGAUGGUGGCAGCAGACAAACUGGCUCAGUGCCCUCCGGACCUGUUCGACAUCAUCCUGGACGAGAAUCAGUUAGAGGACGCCUGCGAGCACAUGGCCGACUAUCUGGAAGCUUACUGGAAAUGCACGCACCCGGCCAGCUGCAGUCCAGCCAAUCCUCUCUUAGAAAAACUCACUGCUGCCCAGUCAGCCACUCCUGAUCCACUGUCUAGUCUGCAUCUGCAGGUGCUCACCAAACUUCGUCCUGUUCCUGCAGCAGAUAUGGGAGAGGGACAGGAGAGGAGAUGGUGAAAACAAGGAAGGAAGG